AAUUUACAUAGGUCCUCGAAAUUGGACAUGCAUGGGACUCGAGCUCGAUAGAGUCUUUCGUAACGUGCCACACUGCAGACAGCCAUACUACUGCAACAAACUUAUUGCUGCUAUGCGUGAAUCCGUGAGUCGUUACCCACCAACGGUAUCGCGUCGCGUCCAACGAGCAAAGCUACUGUUGUAUCCCCUGUUUCAGAUGUUCCUACCAGCUUUCUGAACCAUUCCCUGUGACAAAAGCGCGAUCCGAUCCGAUCCGGUCCGGUCCGGUCCAUCCGUCAGCGUUUCACGAGCUACUACAAGUUCAUAUUCAUCGGUUCAACUUCCAACCCACCCGCCUAGCUAGCUGUUGGGAGCAGUAACUCUCUAGCGAUCGAUCGAUCGAGAGCCAACUAUAUAAAUACUGAAUCGAUCAGCACGUAGCAGUCGACGAACGGAACGAGGUUCUUCAGCCGGAGAAAGAGAGAUAGAGAUAGAGAGAGAGAGAGAGAGAUGGACGAGUACGGGAGGCUGGCGCUCACCGUUGCCGUGGUCGCAGCGGUGACCACGAGCGGCGCGGCCGCGUGGGGCUGGCAGCAGCAGCCGCAGCCGCUGGCGCCGUGCAUGUACGUCUUCGGCGAUUCGCUGGUGGACAACGGGAACAACAACAACAUCCUGAGCCUGGCCCGGGCCAACUACCGCCCCUACGGCAUCGACUUCUACGAGGGCCCGCCCGGCCGCUUCACCAACGGCCGCACCAUGGUCGACUUCAUCUCCGACAUGCUCCGCCUCCGCCCGCCGCUACUCCCGCCCUACGCCACGGCGCGCCCGGAGGACCUCCCCCGCGGCGUCAACUUCGCGUCGGGGGCCUCCGGCAUCCUGCCCGACACAGGAAACAACCUGGGCGGGCACUACCCGUUCUCGGAGCAGGUGGACCACUUCCGCGCGGCGGUGAGCGACAUGGGGAACAGGUCGGAGUUCCGCGGCAACGCCACGAAGCUGGCGGACCACCUGGGGCGCUGCAUCUUCUACGUCGGCAUGGGCAGCAACGACUACCUCAACAACUACUUCAUGCCCGACUACUACGACACCGCGCGCAGGUACAGCCCGCGCGACUACGCCGCGCUCCUCCUCCAGGGCUACUCCACCCAGCUCACACAGCUCCACGGCCUCGGCGCACGGAAGUUCGUCAUCGCCGGCGUCGGCCUCAUCGGGUGCAUCCCUUACGAGCUCGCAAGGAUGAACGACGACGACAGCAGGCCGUCUGGGCCUAACAAUAACCAAUCCGCUGCUAGCCAAGAAGACAUUGCUAUAUCCAUUGGCAUAGGUGGCGGAGGUGGAGGAGGCGGUGUCGGCGUCGGUGGAGGAGGCGGCGGCGGCGACGACUGGAGAUCACCGUCCAUGCCACCGCCAUACGCAGACGGUGGCAGUGGCAAUGGCAGUGGCAACGGCAACGCAGACGGUGGCAAUGGCAACGGAAACAGUAGUGGCAGCCGCACCGGCACCGGCACCACGAACCCAGCGCCUGCCGGCGGCGGGUCAUGCAACGAGACGAUCAACAGCGCGAUCGACAUCUACAACAGGGGCCUUCUGGCCAUGGUGAAGCGCCUCAACAACCGCGGCGGCCUGCGCGGGGCCAAGCUCGUCUUCCUGGACACCGUGCAGAGCGGCAAGGACCUCAUGGCGAACGCGGCCGCGCACGGGUUCGCCGUGCUCGACCGCGGCUGCUGCGGAGUGGGCCGGAACAACGGCCAGAUCACGUGCCUGCCCCUGCAGCGGCCCUGCGACGACCGCGGCAAGUACAUGUUCUGGGACGCCUUCCACCCCACGGAGGCCGCCCACAGGAUCUACGCCGCCAAGGCCUUCGGCUCCAACUCCACCGCCGAAGUUUACCCCAUCAACAUCAGCCAGCUCGCCGCCAUCUGAACAAAACACUCUCAUCCGCUCCGGAUCGGAGCGACUCGUCCAAUAAUUUCGGUUUUUCAUUCAUCUUACAGUUAUAACCUCGUCUCUCGCAACACUCUAGGCGGAGCAUUAUCUGGCAUCAUCAGGUGGCAAUUUCAUUUAAUCAAGUUUAAUUUAAUUUAAUCA